GGUUGGUGUCUGCAGGCCCGGGAGAUCACCCUAAUGACUCUGUCAGGUCCAGCACCAACUACGCUACACCCUCACCAUCACCCUUCCCAGGAGAUUCGCCCUACUACUCGGCGGAGUCCAAGAGUUACAAGGAUGACGAUCGUAGGCCCUUUGAUGGUCCUAGCCAUCCACGAACUGGUCCUCCUAAGAAGCUUGGUCCCGGGCCCGGACCCCUCUCGUACUCCGGCGUUCCGCUCUCCUCCUACCCCCAGAGGUUCCUCCCCCCAGGUGCCGUCAUCGGCUACCUCGCCUACCCGCAACCGCUGGUCCACGGAGGUCUACCUCUCUCGGACGCCGCCCCAGGUCUCCUACCCUCCGCAGCGUUCAGUCACAUAGCCUACGCAUCACCUCUGACUCUGCCCUACCACACGAGGCCUGUACCCCUGAGCCCAGGCCCUGGCCCCGGGCCCUACAACUCACCCUACAGCGGCGGUGGCCCCGGCUACGGCUCUUCUCAUUCUUCCUUCAAGUAGAAGGGCCGU